UUCACACCCAUAGAGUGAAAGUGAUUGAGACCUUCAGUGAAGCUCCUCCUACAACAAUCCACCAAUAAAUGCUGGAGUCAAACACACAGAGAAAUCACUCCAUGUGUGACAACUGAAAUCUUCAUGACAUAAUGUUGAUGCUGGUGAAAGAGGAGCUUGAGAAGAUGACAGAUCCACAACCAUGCAGAAUAAAGGAUGAAGAUACUGAGAAACAAAUAGAUAUAAUGGAAGUGAAAGAGGAGAGUCAAGCUGAAGUGGAUGAGAAACAUCAGAUUGUAAAAAUAAAUCAUAAUGUUUCACUGAAAGAAACUCUGAAGACAGAAGACAUAAAGUGUGAAAAUAGUUUCAGUGAAGAUGAACGCCCUGAAGAUCACAAAAGGACUCACAGUGAAGAGAAACCUUUCAAAUGUCAACAGUGUGAAAAGAGUUUCACUUUUCAAUCGAGCCUUAGCAAGCACAAGAAAGCUCACAUGGUGGGAAAGCAACACGUGUGCCAGCAUUGUGACAAGAGUUUCCCAUAUAAAAGUGGACUUAAGAUACACGCAAGACUUCACACUGGAGAGAGACCUUACACUUGUCAUCUGUGUGGAAAUAGUUUCACAAGUAAAGGUGUUCUUAAGAAACACGUGAGAAUUCACACUGAAGAGAAACCAUUCACUUGUCAUCUGUGUGAAAAGAGUUUCAGUAAUAAAAGUAACCUUAAGCGUCACACAAGAAUUCACACUGGAGAGAAACUAUUCACGUGUCAUCUGUGCGGAAACAGUUUCAGAAAUAAAAGUAACCUUAAGUUUCACACAAGAAUUCACACUGGAGAGAAACCGUUCACAUGCCAUGAGUGUAAAAAAAGUUUCAGAAGUAAGAGUACCCUAACAGCACACAUGAAAGUUCACACUGCAGAAAAACCAUUCAUAUGUCAUCUUUGUGGAAAAGGUUUUAAAACGAAACGUGACCUUAAUAGACAUGUGAGUAUUCACUCUGGAGAGAGACCGUUCACUUGUCAUCACUAUGGAAAGAGUUUUAAAGCUGCAGGUGAACUUAAGAAACAUUUGAGAAUUCACACUGGAGAGAAACCGUUCACAUGCCAUGAGUGUGAAAAGUGUUACAAAGCAAAAGCUGCCCUUAACAAACACAUGAGAAUCCACACUCGAUAGAAAACAUUCAUGUGUCAACAGUGUGGAUACGACAACAAAGUUUAGAAAUCAGCUGAAGUCUUAUUAAUAAAACUGUCUGGAGGAUCUUUACUAAAAGUCUACAUGUGCACAAAAGCCAAAAAUGGCGUACGGCUAAAAAGAUUGAGACCGUUUCUCAAUCUGUGUUCUUGUGAAAGGUCAUCAGUCGUGGCCCAAGUACUGUUCCAAUUCCAAGUUCACAUCCAAGCCAAGUUCACUUAACAUCCCCAGAUGCAUCACAAUGUGACUUGUGUGGACUUAUGACAGCCAAGUUUCCCAGAAUGCAUUUCACGUCAACGGCAAUGAAGCUUAAAACCUGCACAAUAUUCAAAAUAUUACUCUUUCUGUGUCAUAAAAUGUAGCCGUUUAGUCGAGAAUAUAGAUGAAUAAACUUCAAAUCUGUGGUCGGUUAGUAAAGAUAGGACCUAUAUUAAAAUUUCCUCUGAUGAUUUUGAAUAUGUGAGUUCAAGUUGAUCAGCGGGCAGUCAGUGCCGUGUACACCGCCGAGGGCAGAUUCAUCUCUGCAAGUCCUUCUGAAAUUUGCCGCUGUCUCAGUGCAGCUGCUCUACCCUUCAGUGUCUGAUGGACAAACAUGAAAUAUUUCUGUAGCGUUAAACAAGAUUCCAGAUUUACAAUUGUAUCCCUUGUUUCUUAAAAGUCACGUUCUUCCUGAUCCAAUUUUUUAAACCCUAUUUAGUGUGUAAUGUUGUUAUAAUAGUACAAAAAAUACCUGUAAAAUGAUAAAGCUCAAAGUUCACUGCCAGGCGAUAUACAGUUGAAAGAAAAAGUAUGUGAACCCUUUGGGCUUACUUGGAUUUCUUCAUAAAUUGGUCAUAAAAUGUGUUCUGAUCUUCAUCUAAGUCACAACAAUAGAGAACCAUUCUAGCCCAUAUAGAACCACAGACAGCAAUUAUUUUAUCAGUUUUAACACUGAAGCUAAAUGCGUCAGAUUUCAUCUUCCGUGUUGUUCUGAUGACGCAUGCAGCGUGACUGGUGAUAACUGACUGGUGGCGGUGUUGCCAGAUUGGGUGUUUUUUCCGCUACACAUUAAGGCCUGUUUACAGUGUGUUUUAGUCGGGUUUUCGCCUGGAAGAAUAUAGAAAUCUGGCACCCUAUUGAACGACGUUAAACUGAGAGAGCUUGCCGUUCACAGUAACAUUCAUCAGGCAGUAAUACGUUACGUUCAGUUCACGUUCAACUUUUGUUCAAUGAACUCAUUCAGGCACAACACUGCAUAUUCUUAAAAUAUACAUAUUCUUAUUUUGCCUUUACACGGACCACCUGCAGUACCCUCACGGACCACUAGUGGUCCGCGGACCACAGUUUGGGAAUGGCCGACCUAGGAAACCUAGAAAAACUAGAAAAAAUUUUAUUUUCAACAAGGUAUUUCCAUGUAGUUGUUUUAAGCAUGUCUCAUAAAGACUAAUUCAGCCUAUUCAUAAAGCAUGUAUACUGGCAAAACAUCUUUGAAUCUGAAUACCAUGUUCACCAAAAUAUUGUUCUAAAAAAUAAAAAAUAAACAUGUUUGAAAAUUAACCAUGUUUUUUUUUGUGGUAAAAGUGUAAUAACCAUGUUUUUUGGUGUAUUGAUUACUAUUAGCAAAACCAUCCUUUGUCUUAAUAAAAACAAGACAGAAGUUGUGUUUGGUCGUCCCAGGGACUUGAGUGCCUGUGUUGAGACACUUGGUAACCUUGGGUCACACACUCGUCCAUUUAUCAAGAAUCCAUGAGUUAUUUUUGGUAGUGUUUUUAAAUUUGGAUUAAAAUACGUAUUUGAGAUACAAAAUAGUAUUUUGUAUUUUAAAGCCUUUGGAAAAAUGAAAUGUAAUUUGUAUUUAAAUACAUUUAAGAUGAGUAUUUUUGUAUUUUUAAAAUACUCAAAUUACUUAGCCAGUCAACCAGUCAGGGUGCUGUUUUCAUGCAUCAACUAGUUCAGACCAGACAUGACAGAAGUUGCCCAUCAUUGUGAAAUCCUCCCUUCUGUCGUCUGAUUGGUCUGAUUGCUUUUUCGCAAGGACUUCUGGGUUGGUAAAGUGCACAAAGCCUGCUGCAGUGCAGGCUUCGCCGAAUACCUCAUCAAGCGUUGAAAGGGGGCGCAGAUGAGCACACUUCGGAGUGUAAAAAUGACAGAUCGGACACCCUACGGACUCGUAGACUAAGCGAGCAUGCGCAGUGGUUGUUUUUAAAUGUGCUAUAUAAAUAAAAUUCAAAUUCUACAGGAGCUGAUGGAUGGCGAUUGUGCGCCCUCUACGCUUUAAGUCUACAUGGUGGCUAUAGCAGCGAUUACACUCCUAUAGCCGACCAUUCUAUUGGGAAACAUGAUUUUAUUGACAAGUUUCUCAGAGCUCGUAGGCUGAACCCACAGCAACCGCACACGGCCCCA